GCGGUGAGGGCUGGUGUCCUAGAGGCGGGAGAUUCAAAACUGGCAGGAGAAGGAACAUGGAACCGUGCGCUGCAGGCCGGGCUCGGACAGCCUAUGAACGCCUCACAGCUGAGGAGAUGGAUGAGCAGAGGCGGCAGAAUGUUGCUUAUCAGUACCUGUGCCGACUGGAGGAAGCCAAGCGCUGGAUGGAGGUGUGCUUGAAAGAGGAGCUUCCUUCUCCGGUAGAGUUGGAGGAAAGCCUCCGCAAUGGAGUGCUGCUGGCCAAGCUGGGCCACUGCUUUGCCCCCUCUGUGGUCCCCCUGAAGAAGAUCUAUGACGUGGAACAGCUGCGGUACCAGGCAACUGGCUUGCAUUUCCGCCACACAGACAACAUCAACUUUUGGCUUUCUGCAGUAGCCCACAUCGGUCUGCCUUCGAUCUUCCUCCCAGAGACCACAGACAUCUAUGACAAAAAGAAUAUGCCUCGGGUGAUCUACUGCAUUCAUGCUCUCAGUCUCUUCCUCUUCCGGCUGGGAUUGGCCCCUCAGAUCCAUGACCUGUAUGGGAAAGUGGAAUUCACAGCCGAGGAACUCAGCAACAUUGCCUCUGAACUGGCCAAAUAUGGCCUCCAGUUACCAGCCUUCAGCAAGAUCGGGGGCAUCCUAGCUAAUGAGUUUUCAGCCGAUGAGGCUGCAGUCCAUGCAGCUGUUCUUGCCAUCAAUGACGCAGUGGAGCGAGGGAUGGUGGAGGACACUCUGGCUGCCUUGAAGAAUCCAAAUGCUCUUCUGGAGAAUAUUCGGGAACCUUUGGCAGCUGUCUACCAAGAGCUGCUGGCCCUAGCCAAGGUGGAGAAGGCUGCCAAUGCCAGGAACCAUGAUGAUGGUCAGGAACAGGACAUCUAUGAGUCCUGCCUCACCCAGGCAGAGAUCCAGGGCCACAUCAACCUUGCCAAUGUCCAAGGGGCUCUGGAAGUUGUUGACGAUGCUCUAGAGAGACAGAGCCCCGGGGCCUUGCUCGAGGCCCUUCAAGACCCUGUCCUGUCCCUGCAAGGGGUGAGAAGAGAUUUGGCUGACUGGUACCUGGAACAGCUGAGUUCAGACAGAGAGCAGAAGUCACAGGAGCUGGGCCUGGUGAGGCUUCUAGAAAAGGAGGAGAUCCAGGCCGGGGUGGCUGCGGCUAACGAGAAGGGUGAUCGAGAGCAAGCCAUGCUCCAGGCCGUGUGGAGAAUCAACAGAGCCAUCCAGAGGGAAGUGGCCUCUGACACCGUGAAGGAGCUUAUGUGCCCUGAAGCCCAGCUGCCCCAAGUGUACCCCUUUGCCUCUGCUGUGUACCAGCAGGAGCUGGCUGUGCUCCAGAAGCAGCAACAGGGGGAGCUGGGCCAGGAGGAGCUCUUUGUGGCUGUGGAGAUGCUCUCAGCUGUGGUUCUCAUUAACCGUGCUCUGGAAACGAGAGAUACCUGUGCCUUCUGGUCCAGUCUGGUGAACCCUGCUACUGGCCUGGCCCAGGUAGAAGAAGAAAAUGCUCAGCGUUACUUUGAUGCCCUGGUGAAGGUGCGAAAGCUAAGAGGGACGGACAGAGGCUUCCUGAGUUGGAAUGACCUGCAGGCCACUGUGUGCGAGGUCAAUGCGCAGGUUCAGGAAGAGACGGAUCAGGUCCUCGCCAUCAGCCUCAUCAAUGAGGCUCUGGAUCAGGGCUACCCUGAGAAGACACUGUCUGCUCUGCUGCUUCCAGCGGCUGGCUUGGAAGAUGUAAGCCUUCACGUUGCACUUCGGUAUCAUCUCCUCCUCGUGGCAGCCAAGAAGAAGAAAGCCAAGGUGACAGGAGAUCCCGGGGCUGUGCUGUGGCUGGAGGAGAUCCGCCAGGGAGUGGCCAGAGCCAAUGAGGACACAAACACAGCCCAGAGAAUAGCCCUUGGUGUGGCUGCCAUCAAUCAGGCCAUCAAGGAGGGCAAGGCAGCCCAGACGGAGCGAGUGUUGAGGAACCCCAAUGUGGCUCUCCGAGGGAUCGUUCCUGACUGUGCUGACAGCUACCAGCAGGCCCUGGAAGGAGCAGUGUCAAAGAAGCGACGUCCUGGGGACACAGCCUUCUGGGUUCGACACGACAUGAAGGACGGCAGUGCCUACUACUUCCAUCUUCAGACCUUCCAGGGGACCUGGGAGCAUCCUCCCAGAUGCCACCUCAACACCUCCCAUCUAACCUGGGAGGAGAUUCAGUCAGUCAUCACCAAGGUCUCCGCGGCCCAUGACCGCCAACUGCUCUGGAAGGCCAAUGUUGGCUUUGUCAUCCAACUUCAGGCUCGCCUCCGCGGCUUCCUUGUCCGACAGAAGUUUGCUGAGUGUUCCCACUUCCUCAGGACCUUGCUUCCAGCCAUCAUUAAGAUUCAGGCUCAUUGGCGGGGUUAUAGACAACGAAAGACUUACCAGGAGCGGCUGCAAUAUUUUAAAGCCAACAUGGAUGCUAUCAUCAAGAUCCAGGCCUGGGCGCGAAUGUGGGCAGCCCGGAGGCAGUACCUCAGGCGUCUGCGACACUUCCAGAAGAAUGUUGACUCCAUCGUGAAGAUCCAAGCAUUUUUCCGAGCCAGGAAGGUCCGUGAUGACUACAGGAUGUUAGUGCACACACGCCACCCGCCCCUCUCUGUGGUACGCAAGUUCGCUCACCUCUUGAACCAGAGUCAGGAGGACUUCUCAGCGGAGGCGGAGCUGCUGAAGCUCCAGGAAGAAGUGGUCAGGAAGAUACGGUCUAAUCAGCAGCUGGAGCAGGACCUCAACCUCAUGGACAUCAAGAUUGGUCUGCUAGUCAAGAACCGGAUCACCCUGCAGGACGUAGUCUCCCACUGCAAGAAGCUGACAAAGAAGAAUAAGGAGCAGCUGUCAGACAUGAUGAUCCUGGACAAACAGAAGGGAUUAAAGUCGUUGAGCAGAGAGAAGCGGCAGAAGCUGGAAGCCUACCAGCACCUCUUCUACUUGCUGCAGACUCAGCCCAUGUAUUUGGCCAAGCUGAUCUUUCAGAUGCCGCAGAACAGAACUACCAAGUUCAUGGAGGCUGUGGUUUUCAGUCUGUACAGCUAUGCUUCCAACCGCCGGGAGGCCUACCUUCUGCUCCAGCUGUUCAAGACUGCACUCCAGGAGGAGGUCAGGUCAAAGGUGGAGCAGCCUCAGGAUGUGGUAACAGGCAACCCAACAGUGGUGAGGCUGGUGGUGAGGUUCUACCGCAAUGGGCGGGGACAGAGCGCUCUGCAGGAGAUCCUGGGCAGGGUUGUCAAGGAUGUGCUGGAAGACAGGUCAGUCAGCAUCCACACAGACCCUGUCCACAUCUAUAAGAACUGGAUCAACCAGAUGGAGGCCCAGACUGGGCAGCGCAGCUGCUCUAGGGAAUGUGUGUGGACCCUGGAGUGCCUGAGACGGAGAGAGACAGCCAGGCUCAUACUGAGUCCUGAGACAGAAUCCGAAGGGCCACACGCACCUGAUUUGUUCCUCAGGUAUGGGAUGCGGUAUAUGGCCAAAGUCCUGAAGACAGCCCUGGAGAAGAAGUUCCCCAGUGCCACAGAGAGUGAAGUCUAUAAGGUGGUUGGGAACCUCCUGUACUACCGCUUCCUGAACCCAGCUGUGGUAGCGCCUGACGCCUUCGACAUUGUGGCCAUGGCAGCGGGCAGCACAAUGGCCGCCCCACAGCGCCAUGCACUGGGUGCUGUGGCCCAGCUCCUACAGCAUGCUGCUGCCGGCAAGACCUUCUCUGGGGAGAGCCAACACCUUCGAGUCCUGAAUGGCUACCUGGAGGAUAUGCAUCUCAAAUUCAGGAAGUUCAUCCACAGAGCCUGCCAGGUGCCGGAGCCAGAGGAGCGCUUCGCCAUAGAUGAGUACUCAGAUAUGGUGGCCGUGGCCAAACCUGUGGUGUACAUCACUGUAGGGGAGCUGAUCAGCACGCACAGGCUCUUGCUGGAACACCAAGACCAACUGGCUCCAGAUCACCAAGACCCCCUGCACCAGCUCCUGGAGGACCUUGGGGAGCCACCUUCUAUCUCUGACCUCAUGGGUGAGAACACAGCCACAGAUGGGCAGGUAGAUCUGAGCAGGCUCGAAGUGUCCCUGACACUUACCAACAAGUUUGAAGGGCUGGAGGCAGAUGCUGACCACACCAGCAACCAAAGCCUACUUCUGAGUACCAAACAGAUGCUGGCUGACCUCAUCCAGUUCCACCCUGGGGAUUCCCUCGAGGAGAUUCUGUCCUUGUCAGCUCCCAGAGAACAGGAAGAGGCCCAUCAUCGGCUGAUGUGUUGGCGCCAGGCUCGUGACACCCAGAAGCCGGAGUCACUUCGACGGCACCACUCAAUGAUGGCACACUCCCUCCUGCCACUGGCAGAUAAGCAGCGAUGUGUCCUGCGGAACCUGCGCCGCCUACAGGGCCUGGGGUUGGUCAGGGCCAGCGACUGCUAUCAGGGACUGGUGGAUGAGCUAGCCAAGGACAUCUGCAACCAGCGUAGGCAGCGGCAGCGGCGGAGGGCAGAGAUACUGAGACUCCGGGCCACACUGAAGGGCCUCGAGACAAAAACCACCUUCUAUGAGGAGCAGGGUGACUACUACAGCCAGUACAUCCAGGCCUGCCUUGACCACCUGGCCCCCAAAGCCAAGAGUUCUGGGAAGGGGAAAAAGCAGUCGUGUCUUCAUUACACAGCCGCCCAGCUCCUGGAAAAGGGCGUCUUGCUGGAAAUUGAAGAUCUCCCUGUCUCUCACUUCAGGAACGUCAUCUUUGACAUCACUCCUGGAGAUGAGGCGGGAAGGUUUGCGGUAAACGCCAAGUUCUUGGGUGUGGACAUGGAGCAGUUUCAGCUCCACUACCAGGACUUGCUGCAGCUGCAAUACGAGGGUGUGGCUGUCAUGAAGCUCUUUAACAAAGCCAAAGUCAAUGUCAACCUUCUCAUCUUCCUCCUCAACAAGAAGUUCCUUCGGAAGUGAUGGAGGCCGUGGAGCUGCCCAGCCCGGCCUCUUAGCUGAUUGACUGCUAUGCUUUAACGUUAACCUGUUGUGCUUCCUGCAGACCAGGCUCAGGCCUGCCUGUGACUCGCGGUUCUUGACCCUUGCCUGCAAACGCUGGUGUUUCUACCCCGCUGAAGUAGGCCUUGCUUCCAGGUCCAGCCGUGUGGCUUUCCCGACAUACGCGGCCCCAUCCCUGUGAACUAGAAACCUGCACUCCUUCCUGGAAAGGCUCUCCGUAUUGUGCUGCAGCCCUGCCCUGCAGCAGUCUCCCUUCCUUCCCACAGACCCCAAAGCCAUGGCCUCCCCUUAGUAAGCCCUGGGCAUUACUGCCUGCUACAGCCCAGGACCCUCUGUGCUGUGCCCUCAACAACCUCUAGCCUUUCACCCCGUCAGGACUUGGGUGCAGCAUUUACUGGCGUCCUCCGUGGCAGCAAGGUGCACAUCAAUGAUGGUCUGUUUCUUGUGUGUGUCACUGGGGUCUCUGCACCCUGAGUCAUGGUGUCACUUCUCACUUCUGAACUCCUUCUCAUUCCUCACUUUAAACUAAAGCCCAUUCCAUUUUCCUCUCCCUAUAUUCAAGUCUCUUGGCGUUGGAGCAGGGAGGCUCCUGGCUCCCGCUGAAGAACUCAUUGUCUCGGCAGGACAAAGCUCGUCACCUCAGAGCUGGCUUCAGGUGGCUCCAUAGAUCUGUAGGCCUGCCUUUGCCCCUCUCUGUCUACCCCUCUCCUUCCAGCUUCUUGCCCUUUCUGCCCCCUAGAUUUUCCUGCCAAUAAAACCAAUUGUUAGCCCACAUCUGUUAACCCCUCUGUUAUCUCCUGAAGUACAGCUCUCACAUUUUGGGGUACAGUUUCAGAGCCUUUUCCUGCCCUGGGCACAUGCCCACUGCCUCCUGCUCAGGCUUGUGCAGUGCGGGAUGAGGCAUCUCGCUCACUCCCGUCACCCAGGGGACAGGGAGAGGGAAGAAAUGCUCAGGUGAUUUUGUUUCCAUUGCCACUCUAAGAGCUCAGGCCAGGAGAGCCCAGUCCAGACUCCAUGGCCACUUUACACAGCUCUCAGCUGUGCCAUGCCGAGGCCUGACCACAGCUCCUUACAUCCAAGUCCCCUUCCCAUGCUUUCAGGACGCCGCUGGGGCCUGUGGGGAAGAGGAUAAUGCACACCUGCCUGACACUUGAACUCCACAGCGUCAACUGGGCACCCCGCCUUUUCCUGGCACAGCCUUCCUGCCUCUACUCCACUUGCGUGCUGUAGAGAGAUUUCCUGAUCCGGCAACAGCAACAGAAAAAAAGCUGCGUCAUUUUAAAGUGCGGCUUCCUGGGACUGUGCCGCCAGUGCAAACUCUGGCUUUAAAGCAUUUCAACGGCUUUUAUGGGACUGGAUGUUUCUGUUCCCACUUGGGAUCGGAAGGAGAGUGCUCUGAGACGGUGCCAAUGGCUCAGCGCUCCCCACUUGCACCUGGGCAGACGGCAAAAUCAGGCUUAGGCAGGCAGAAGAGCAUGGCGGAUUCCUGCGGCCUUACAGAAAUGUGUUUUCAGACUGAGCAUUGCUCUGUGUGUCAGAUUUUGCUGUAACUUGGAUGAAAAGAGUUUCUGUGCUGCAUGCUCAGUCUCAGAGUUAAACUGCCGACUGCGGCGCCAAUGUGGACUUGCUGUGUGCCUGGAACUGUGCUCAGCUCAGGGGCACCAAAUGGAUCUGAGACAGGAGCGGCCUCUCCAUGCUGAACUGUGCUGACCUCAGGCAGGAACUACCAUAAUUACUGUAAUAACAGUGCAGUUAAGGUUUCAACUGGGCAGGACACAGACGGUACCGUAUUACCUGUACACGGUGCAACUUAAGUUUUUAAGAACUGCUUAACAUUUUAAGAAAUGCUCCUGGAUAGUAAAAAAAAUGUUACAGAUUCACAAUAAAACAGAUUCAGACAUAAAAGACCACACUGUUAGAUGAAUGUACGUAGGCUUGAGAGAGAGAAGAAAAAAAAUAUAGAGAAUAAAGUUAAUGGUUUAAAAAAAAAGGAUAAAGUCUUUAAAGAGACAGUUCAAAUAGCUAUAGAUUAAGAGAAAUAAAAAAAAUAAGCCACAUAAAAAUGGAAAAUUCACGGAGAGUCUGGAUUCUUUGCAUUAUUGUGUUUUCUUUAAAAUUUUUGACUGUGAAGGAGCUAAGUACAGAGAGACAUUUCAUUAUAUGGGCUGCUAAGCUGAACCUGCACAUAUGUUCUAAAGGUAUCUUGACUUCAGAAUUUGGGUCUAAGGAUAUGAUGCUUUGGAGAGGGUCUUCUUUUGUUUUCACAGAGGACCAGACCCUGUGGAUUUCUUCUAUUCCAAUUUGGUAUGAUAGACCACGCCCUCCUGAAAGGUUGCUAUAAACACCCUCAAAAAAAUUAGUUCACUCAACUGCCAACUGAGAUGACCCUGGCACACAGGUUAUACCAUGAAAGACCUAAU